CAAAAUAUAUUCAAAUUGAAUUCAUGCUAAAUAUAAAAGUGUGUACCACCUGUCCCUUAUACAAUUCAGUACAUCAUAUUAGAUCAUUUCAAAGAAACUUUAAAAGAGAACAAAAUGCAGGCUUUAUAACUAUCCUACACAUCUUACGCAAACAUAUAAGGAAGGCAAUCUCUCCUUUGAGUGCAUUUACCGCUAAAACCUCCUCAUCCUCUUCCAGCAUUUAAGAUGAUCAGUCAGUGGCUCAUCAACAUCUGCCUAUAGUAUAUACAACUAUACCGUUGAUGCACUGAUGUGGUAGGGACAUUUAAAAUACUCAGACCUUUACACCUCUGAUGAACUGUGAUAAACAUUAUUGUAUACACAUUGGUCAGGAGGUGAGUCAGUUGAAAUAUGGACUGAAUAUCAAUAAGUUACACUACGACCUGACUCAGAGAGCCGCCUAGGGGUUGUACUGAGUUGCGCGUAUAUAAAACGCCAGAGUACUUCUUAGGUAGUUUCAAGUAAGCAGCAUUGAGUUCAAGUCUCCCUGUCUGUGUUGCAACACGAUGACACACUAGUUAGCCCAUUAGAAAGUGGGAUUAAGUAACAAGACUUUUGAAUUACACGACAGUAAAAGUUUUAAAGGACAGUUUAAUUGUGCAGUUACCGGUUUUUUUUUAUAAUUAGUGUUUCGGAAGAUCUCGACGUGCGCUUUCCGAUCUGGAUUAUUUUAAGAACUGGAAUCUGAUCGACAUCUCGAAUCAUCGACACAGAGGAAACGUUUGACUCUUCAGUGUGGAUCGUGCUUUCCAGGGGAUACACUAAAUAAUGCAUCCCGUCUCAUUGCUAGCUGCCCCGAGUCCAAAAGCCCUAUGAUGUUAUCCAUGGAUCACUGCAACUCAUCCGGCUGCCUGCCUCUCCAUCCUCUCUUCAACCAGAGCCAGCGAGAGGUAGGGAUGGCCAUGACCUCCCUCACCCGGGGGAACUUCUCUCUGUGGAGGCCCCCCGCCAGUGGCCUCAUAGUGGCCGGCCUGUCCAUGACCCUGGGCAUCCUCUCCAACAUAGUGGCACUGAUCAUCCUCGCUAACGCCUCCAACCACGUCCGCAGGCGCUCCAAAGCCUCCUUCCUGCUGUUCGCCACCUCCCUGGUGGCGACGGACUUUGCCGGCCACGUCAUCCCUGGUGCCUUGGUCUUAAGACUCUACCUGUCAGAAGGAACCUCUCCGCAGGACUACGAGUCUGCCGACCCUCUGUGCCAGUUCUUGGGUGGCAGCAUGGUGUUCUUCGGCCUGUGCCCACUCUUCCUGGGCUGUGCCAUGGCCGCCGAGCGCUGCCUAGGGGUCACCCAGCCACUGCUGCACUCCUCUCUCGUCACCACCACGCGCACCAAGGUGUCGCUGUCAGUCAUCUGGCUGGCAGCAUUAUGUGUGGCUCUGCUGCCGUGCUUCCAACUGGGCUCUUACACCUAUCAACACCCGGGCACCUGGUGCUUCAUCAAUGUGCUGGAGGACACGAAGCAGGCAGACGUGGCAUUUGUCCUGCUCUUUUCAGGCCUCGGCCUGGCAUCGCUGGCGGUGGCGUUCGUGUGUAACACCAUCAGUGGACUGACGCUGGUACGAGCUCGAAUGCGCAGGAGGACAUACAACCGCCGCUCUGCAAAGUCGCACGACAUCGAGAUGGUGGUGCAGCUGGUGGGGAUCAUGGUCACGUCCUGCAUCUGCUGGAGCCCCCUGCUGAUCUUUGGCCUCAUCACAGUACACAGCAGCAUCAUGGGACAAGACCUGUCCACCUGCAAGACUCUGAUGAUCAUGGGAGUCCGACUGGCCUCCUGGAACCAGAUCCUGGACCCCUGGGUGUACAUCCUGCUCCGGCGGGCUGUCCUGAGGAAGAUUUAUAUCAUCACGAAGCGUCAGGCGGACCUGAAGGCCAGCACCUUCCGCCGUUGGGAGGUCAGCUCCUUCCCCAACUCAGAGAAGAACGCUGUCAACAAGGUCUGAGACUGCUGGGAAAACAUUCGUUUUGAAGCCCCAAUGGGGAUACAGAGGAGCUCCAUGUAUUUCUGCCCAGAUUCCAACUAUUAACUCCGACUUGUGGAGUACUGACUGAAGCAGAGCAAAGAGAGUUAACACUGCACAAGCAUAGCAUCAGUUGUAGUUGGAUAUGUACAGAACUAAUCUCAAUAAGAUACUUCUUCAUACUAAGCUUUUAAUGUCCUCCAUUCUCCUCUGUGCCAUCUCUUCUACAUGGGUAAUCAGUGGUUAUUCAUUCUAAAUGACAGAGGGACAUUGACUGAUGAUUGGUGCAAUUCUUUUUUCAGUUUUGCACAGUAAUGAGGGUCAGUAAUUAGUCAGUACAGGGACCAUGCCAUAGUAGGUAUUACUGACACUAUUGACUUUGAGGACAGGACACCUUAGGUCGUGUAGGAUUCACUCACUGAAUGGAAACUAGCUUAGCUGUAGCACACACGUGUUUGGACACCAGCCGGGACCUUUUCAGUGAAGGGGUUUUGAAUGUAGAGAUGGAUAUGGUCUUCUAAUGCACAUAGGAGUCCUGAGUCCCAAGUGUUUGGAUGCCGGGUUGUCUUGUCAAUCCACAGAAAGGUCAUGACAUUAGCAUUAUGUGAUUGCAUAGCAUUCAUUUUAAAUGACUGGAUUAUCAUUAUUGUCAAAUUCAAUUAUGAAUGUUGCUUCAAGUUAUUUGGAGAGUAGACUUCAAUGAUAUUGUCAUUGAAAUAAUACAUGUUUGUUAGCAGCUUGAGCUGUGCGCAUUGUGAGCAAUGUUUUAUCAAAGACAAUGGAAAACUGUUUUGUAUUCUUUUUUUGCUUAUACAUGUGUAUAAGUUUCUGAAUGUACAUUAGUAUGUAAGUAUAUGUAUGAAUGUAUGAACGCAAUGCAUAUUUAUUGCCUGUUUUAUCUCCUCAAUUCUCUGGGGUAAUUUUAUAACAAAGUAAAAUGUAUAAACCUCAACUAAUUGUCUCAUGUAGUCAUGAGUUUUGUGAUGCGAGAAAUAAUAUAUUAGAUUAAAAUGAGUUAAUGAAUUAAUUCAUCACACAAGCUAAUUAAAGAAAUCAAUUCGCUGUAUUUGUAUAGAUGUAGGAUUACAACAUGCUCUACAUUUUGUGUGGUUUUGUUUCAGCAUGGGUGUGUAACUGUUCAGGUAAACAAAUGAAUUCUGUCACAGUGACAGGCAAAACAAAUCAGGUGAAAUCAUCACAGCCACUGGUAAAGUUCUCUACUCAGUAAAGGCCGAAAUAUACUUCUACGACUCCGUUACUCUGUGGUCACACAGUUGCCGGGACGGACUCGUUUUCAUUUAUGGUUCUCCGACAGUUGUGGGUGUUGCAAAGCAAUU